AUGGCGUUAGAUUUUUCGGAAAAUAUAAAAAAGGAAGUAUAUCAAAAACUUAUUUCGUUAAAAUUAGAUAUAGCAACUAGAUAUGAUAGGUCCAUAUUGGGAAUCAAUAUUCAAUUUAUAAAUAACGGAAAAAUAAAAUUAAGGACUCUAUGCAUGAAAGUGAUUAAAGAACGACACACAUCAGAAUAUCUUAAAAAAAUUAUUCUAGAUGUUCUAAAAGAAUAUGAAAUAAAAAUUGAGCAGAUUUACACAAUAACCACCGAUAAUGCAGCAAAUAUGAUUAAGUUAAUUAAGCUAUUAAUACUACACGAUGAAGAAGAUGAUGACCUUAACGAUUAUUUAAUUAAUGAUGAUUUAAAUAAUAAUGAUAUAGAUAAUGAUGAUUUAAAUAAUAAUGAUAUAAUUCAUGAUGUAAAUAAAGAACCUUUUAAUAUUGAAAAUAUUAAUCUUGCAUCAAAUGCCAGAUCCAUAUUAAUAGAUUGUUGCACAAGAUGGAACUCUAUCUAUUUAAUGUUGGAGAGAUUACUAGAGUUAAAAAGCUUUUGCCAAGAAAUAUCGCUCCAAAGCGAUCGCGAAAAAUGUUUAUCAGAGAAUGAAUGGAAAAUAAUUAGUGACAUAUUAAAAGCUUUAUAUCAAGCUUAUGUUUUGACAAAAUAUUUACAAAGUGAACAAUUGACAAUGGGCGAUUUUUAUGCUGCGUGGAUCAAAUGUCUCAUGCAAACGAGUAAAGUAGACACUCCAUUUGCCAGACUUUUAGUUUCUACGAUGAAAGCACGAGAAAUAAAUUUCAAAAUGAAUGAAGGUCACGGUCCGGUCUUUGGUCCGGACUGGACCGAUACCCUCGGACCGGACCGGACCACGGUCCUUAAGAAAAAGAUCGAUCCAGGCCGUGGUCCUAAAUAA